GCCUCUCCUGGACAUGCUAUAAUUUGGAGAUAUCUUUAAACUAUGAUCUCGUGUCUCUCUUGUCUACCUUAAAGCAUAUGAUUUGGAAACUCAUGUGUUAUUCGGUUCUUGGAAUAAUAUAAUUACACCGUUGCUUGAAGGAGUGAGGAGCCUAAAUAUGAGGAAAUAUUAUAUUUGUGUGAUAUCAUUACCAUUACUAUCAUCAUCAUCAACAUCAUCUUCCCUUUAACAAACAAGAACUUAUUUCAACAAAAAUAAAUAAACUGCGUAGCGGAACGUUGUGUCAAUCUCCUCCAGGGAUCUAUACGCCGACCGGACGUUAAUUUCAGACGGACCAAAACAUCUUUCCGAAAGUUGACGUGGAGGUGUUUGUGUACAAUGGCUGAUACUAAAGUAGAAAUUCCAACUGUAAUACAGAACCCAAAUGCGCCUUCUCAACCCAAUAACCCGCUGUCAAGGAAGCUUAACAAAAUACUGGAGACGAGGCUUGACAAUGACAAGGAGAUGCUGGAGGCUCUGAAGGCGCUCUCUGUGUUCUUCACUGACAACAGUUUGCGGACCAGGAGAAAUCUUCGUGGUGACAUAGAGAGACGAAGCCUGGCGAUCAACGAGGACUUUGCAAGAAUAUUUAAGGAAGUAAAAGAGGAGCUUGAAAGUGUUCAUGAGGAUGUCCAGGCCAUGAGCACAUGUUGUGAAGAAAUGACCAGUAGAUUAAAGGCUGCAAAGGAGCAAACUCAAGAUCUCAUAGUAAAAACCAACAAGCUGCAGGGAGAAAAUCACCGCCUGGAGGUAAGAGCUCAGGUUGCUCAAGCUUUCCUUGCCAAGUUUCAGCUAUCUAAUGAUGAGAUGGCCACCCUGCGAGGGGCUCGGGAUGCACCCAUUACUGAGGAUUUUUUCAAAGCUCUCAGCCGAGUGAAGCACAUCCAUGAGGAUGUGAAAAUCCUCUUGCGAACCAACCAGCAAACUGCAGGGUUAGAGAUCAUGGAGCAGAUGGCCGUGUUACAAGAGACAUCAUAUGAGCAGCUCUACCGCUGGGCUCAGAAUGAAUGCAGAGGACUGACCCAAGAGACCUGUGAUAUCAGCCCUGUGUUGACUCAAGCCAUGGAAGCCUUACAAGACAGACCUGUCCUUUACAAGUACACCCUUGAUGAGUUUGGGACUGCACGCAGGUGUGCGGUGGUGCGAGGCUUCAUUGACGCCCUCACCCGAGGCGGGCCAGGAGGAACUCCCCGCCCCAUAGAGAUGCAUUCACAUGACCCUAUGAGGUAUGUUGGGGACAUGCUGGCCUGGCUACACCAAGCCACCGCCUCAGAGAAAGAAUAUCUAGAAGCUCUACUGAAACAAGUCACUCUGCAAGAUGUGGAGGAGAACAUGCAGGACGUGGUUGGACACAUCACCGAGGGAGUCUGCAGGCCGCUGAAAGUUCGGAUAGAACAGGUCAUUGUGGCUGAACCAGGUGCUGUCCUGCUUUACAAGCUGUCCAACCUGCUCAAGUUCUACCACCACACCAUCAGCUCUAUCAUUGGGACCAGUGUGGCCUCCUUGCUCAUCACUAUUGAAGAAAUGCACAUCCUCAGCAAAAAGAUGUUCUUCAACAGCCUGAGCCUUCAUGCAAGCAGACUCAUGGACAAGGUGGAGCUACCACCUGCAGACCUGGGACCUACAGCCUCCCUCACUCAGACCCUCUCCCUCCUCAGGGAGGUGCUGGCCUCCCACGACUCGUCAGUGGUUCCUCUGGAUGCCCGCCAGGCUGACUUUGCUCAGGUGCUCUCUUGCAUCUUGGAUCCCCUUCUACAGUUGUGUACUGUGUCAGCCAGUAACCUCGGCACUGCUGACAUGGCUACUUACAUGGUCAACUCGCUGUAUGUCAUGAAGACCACGCUGGCUCUCUUUGAGUUCACUGACAAGAGGCUCGAGAUGCUCGAGUUCCAGAUCGAGGCUCACCUUGACACUCUGAUCAACGAGCAGGCAUCCUACGUGCUGACCAGAGCUGGACUGAGUUACAUCUACAGCUGUGUCCAGCAGCACAGUGCUGAACAGGGUCCUCUGUCCCUCCUCCCCAGCAUGGACAGCUCUUCGGUGAAAGCUGCAAUGGUCCAGUUUGAUCGGUACUUGUCGUCGCCUGACACUCUAUUGAUGCCACAGCUAAACUUCCUACUCAGUGCAGCUAUCAAGGAGCAGAUUUUCCGUCAGUCAACAGAGCUGGUGUGCAGAGCCUAUGGGGAGGUUUACACAGCGCUGACCAGUCCAGCUAACGGCUACAAAGACCCAGAGAACCUGGUACCCAGAUCACCUAAGCAGGUUCAGACCUUGCUGUCCUGAGAGACACUUUUGUCCCACCUUUUUGAUCUCGAGAACACAGGGUGAGCCCCAGCGAAGGACAGCCUGCAGGUUAUUUAAAGAGCUGUAUAAUUUGUACAGUAUAAUAACACAAAUGUAUAUAAAAGUAGUUGCUAAGGUGGGGUUCUUUAUGGGAAAUGUGGGAUGUGGAUCGCUGACCUCAGAGAUAGACACACUCGUGUUCCAGGAGGAAAGAACAUUAUACGUAUAUGAUCCAUUUACUUUCACUGCUGCAGGCAGUCGGCUUGUUUUUCUCUCUGUAAAGCACAUAUGUCUCCUUCUUUCUGUCUGUUCUCACACCAUGUACUCUGUUUGGGUUCCAUAAUUGUACAAAACAAUGUCUUUUUAUUGAAAAUAUUGAACACUAUAUAAAACAAAAGGAUACGCUGAAUUUAAGAGACUUAUCUUAUUUUUCCACACUUAAAAGUGGUCAGGAAAAAUUCAGCCACAAUGCCAAGAGGAACCUCAGGAAGCUUCAGCAAAAACAUUGUGGUCAUUUUAUUUUAUUUUUACUGUUUUUGAGCUGUAAGAAUAAAAUGAAAAAUCUGUCUUA